GCCCAAUUAUCUUCAUCUUGAGACCUACCACACUCGCGCAAAAUGCAAAGACUUAUAGUUGUCGUCCGCUAUGCCGACGCUACGGCGUUUCGGAGGUAUCAUGAUAACCUGGGAUAUUUACUGGCAACAAAAUAUGGUGAAAAGGGCGCUUCAGGUUUUCAACCGAUGACACCAGGAACGGGUCUUUCUGAGAGUACCACCUUCACAGUGCCUGAUACGGUCCCAAUUGAGGAGCUACAGGUGAUACGGCUAGGAGAGGGUCUUCAUCCGGUUGUUAUACAGGUUUUGUGAUAGUCCCUUGUGGCUCCACUUUUCGUUUCUUCUUUUUACUUUUCUAUUUUCUCCCAUUCACUUCUUUAUCUUGUACUUAAAAUGAGAGUUUUGAUGUAUCAAUGUCACGGGAAUUAGGGCUAUACUGGGUGGUGA